AAGGACGCAACAAAGAAAUACGGCAAAAAUGAGGAAUAGACUGACCCAAGGACUGUGGAACUAUCGCACCAUCUUCCCUAUUGUCCUCACACCGCUGCUGCUGCUUCCGCUUCCUAUCGUCAUUGGAACAAAGGAGGCAGAAUGUGCAUUUGUGCUGCUGCUGAUGGCGACGUUUUGGGUGACAGAAGUGCUUCCUCUGUCCAUGACGGCCAUGCUGCCCGCCAUCCUCUUUCCCAUGUUUGGCAUCAUGACGUCUUCAGGAGUGGCAAAGUCGUACUUUAAAGACUUCCACUUCCUUCUCAUAGGCGUCAUCUGCCUUGCCACGUCCAUCGAGAAGUGGGGUCUCCACCGCAGAAUUGCCCUGAGGCUUGUCACCAUGGUGGGUGUCAACCCUGCAUGGUUGAUGUUGGGCUUCAUGGGCGGCUGUGCCUUUCUCUCCAUGUGGGUCCAAAACACCUCGGCUGUGGCAAUGGUGAUGCCAAUCGUGGAGGCUGUUCUCCAGCAGAUUUUGAAGGCCAAGGAGGAAUAUGCUGGUGAAGAAAACCCCGCCCUGCAGCUGGAUGAAAUGGACAACCAUAGUGAACAGAUGACGGAAACUGUGAGUGACACGAAGAGUUACGUUGGUCCUGAUGAUUCCCUCACUUGUGUUCAGAUACAGCCGGUAUCGCAACCUGCCACAACUCAGGCUGCAGCUGGCCCGCCCGCGGCUCCCAGCAGGAGUAAGCAUGACCUCAUGUUGUGUAAAGCCAUGUGCAUCAGCAUCGCAUACUCCUCCAACAUCGGCGGCAUCACCACGCUGCCAGGAACCUCACCCAACCUCAUCUUCUCUGAGUACCUCAGCCAGACUUACCCAAACUGUAACUGCAUUAACUUCGGGAACUGGCUGCUUUUGUGCCUGCCCAUCAGUGUUAUCAUGCUGCUGCUGACAUGGGUGUGGCUGUACUGGCUCUUCAUUGGUUCAGACUUCAGCUUCCUGUGGCGAUGCCGAGGGGAGCAGUCUGAGAAGGAGAGGGCAGCAAGAAAAGUGAUAGAAAAUGAGUUCAAGUCACUGGGUCCCAUGAGCUCUCAGGAGAUCGUCACUGGGGUCGUUUUCUUGGUGAUGGUGUUGCUGUGGUUAACCAGAUCCCCGGGUUUCGUGCCGGGCUGGGCUUCUCUGUUCCCUGACCACUUAGGCUACAUCACUGAUGCCACCGUGGCUCUGCUGCUGGGUCUUCUCUUUUUCAUCAUACCUGCUUAUGGACCCUCCAGAAGAUACGGUAACUCCGAGGCCAUGAUCUCCUGGAAAGAAUUCCAGGCCUCAAUGCCGUGGACCGUGGCCCUGCUGGUCGGUGGCGGCUUUGCUCUUGCAGAAGGCACCCAGGAAUCAGGCCUCUCUUUGUGGGUGGCCGAGCUGCUAACACCUCUGGGUAAUCUGCCAGUUUUGGCCACCAUCACCGUCGCCUGCAUCAUCGUCACCACGGUAACGGAGGUAGCCAGCAACGCCGCCACUAUCACCAUCUUCCUCCCCAUCCUCUCACCUCUGGCUGAAGCCAUCCACGUCAACCCACUCUAUGUCCUGAUCCCCACCACUCUGUGCACAUCCUUCUCCUUCCUGCUGCCAGUGUCCAACCCACCCAACGCCAUCGUGUUUGCCUAUGGACACAUUGACAUCAUGGACAUGGUGAAGGCGGGGCUUGGUGUUAACGUGAUUGGCGUCCUUGCCGUCCUUUUGGCUGUGGCAACAUGGGGCGUUCCAUUAUUCUCUCUGGAUGUCUAUCCUGACUGGGCACCAGUCCAUCCUUCUUUUAACACCACAGCGCCUUGAAGAUUGGUUCCUAUGUGUGGUUCUAGAGCAGUAGUCCUCUUAAAACAGGCUUUAUUUAACAUGUACAGUUUUUUCCCCCCUAUGGUUGUGAGUGUUACUUUUAAACUUAAGGAUAAUGCUGGUGUUAGUUUUAAAUUGUCUUAUCUAUAAAUGAAAACCUGAUUUCUCUUAGUUUGCUGUGUCAUAAACGUCUUGUGUUUUUCAAACAUUAAAUUACACAUUCCUUUAUCACCAUGAACACACACUAUAGUUAAUAUUUGGCUCGUUCUUCUGCCUCCAAGAGGCCAAGCUGAAAAAGGACAAAAAUAACAGCAAACUACUGCGUGUGCGUAUUCAUGCACAUGUAUAUAUUUAAAUAUAUACUGUAUGAUACACAGUGACUUAUGAUAAUUCUUUACAACAUGUAUAUGUCGUAUGAUUAAAAAUGUAACAAUUGUU